CAAACACACACACUGAGAUUGCACACAGUCCAUUAGGAGGCCAGGCUUAAGAAUCACUUGUUGCUGAACGUCAGCAGAACAGACGACUCCGGCACAGUGAGAAAAGGAACAAUGUCAGGACCGAGGCCUGUGGUGCUGAGUGGCCCCUCCGGGGCAGGGAAGAGCACCCUACUGAAGAGGCUGAUGAAGGAUCACGAGGGAGUGUUCGGGUUCAGUGUGUCACACACAACAAGGAGUCCUCGACCAGGGGAAGAAGAUGGCAAAGGGCUGAACAAGCUCCCUAUGCUUCUGGGGGCUACGUUACUGCCCGUAGCAGAUGUCUUUUCCUCUGAAACCUUGUUUUUGUGUCCAAACAAAUCAGAACCCACAGAUAAAGACUACCAUUUCACAACGAGAGAGGCCAUGCAGGAGGGCAUCAACAACGGAGAGUUCAUUGAGAACGCAGAGUUUUCUGGCAACAUGUAUGGGACAAGCAAGGCUGCUGUGGAAAAUGUACAAGCUCAGAACCUGAUCUGCAUCCUUGAUGUAGACAUCCAAGGGGUGAAGCGGAUCAAAGAGAGUGACUUGGACCCCAUCUACAUCUCCAUCCAGCCUCCAUCCAUGGAGAUCCUGGAAAAACGUCUGAGAGACAGGCAGACAGAGACGGAGGAGAGUUUACAGAAACGUCUCGAAGCUGCACGCAUUGAUAUGGAGCUCAGUAAAGAGCCUGGAGUGUUUGACAUUGUUAUCAUCAAUGACGACUUAGAGAAGGCCUACGAGGAGCUGAAAAAAAUACUCAAUGAAGAAAUCACGAAGGUUCAAGAGGCCAAAUGAAUCAAAAACAAUUACGCACUUGUUUUGCUGUUUGUGGCUAUGCUCACCGACUUUCUAUUUUGUAGAUUUCCAUUGAUGUUGAAUAUCAUAUGUAGAAAUGUGAAUAAAUAAAGAGGUCGAUGACAUUAA